GAAAAACAACAAACCCAGGAAAAGGGAAGCGGAAGAAUGGGCUAAAAAGUGUAAAACAGCUGAAAUAAACAAGUAGACAUAUGUGUGAGAGCAGAAGAGCUGUUAAAAUGUAGUAUUUUCAGAAAUUAUCCGCGUCGAAACUUACCGGAAGAGGUUAAGUAAGCUGUAAUCGGCGCUAGUAGUUAGCUCAGUUGCACAAAAAGACGCUGCAGCGUGCAGCGACCCGAAACUGAUGACAAGAAAGUGUUAACGAGCAGUUUGUUAUGUUUAAAAAAGGUUUCUUCCAGUUUGUGCCAAAGCUACCGUGCUGUUUAAUUUCAGUUCUGCUUUUUCCAAGCUUCAGCAUUGUGUUCACCAUUUCUGAUUAGUGAACACAUCUGGAUUUCUCCCCACUCCUCCUCUCUUUACCGUGAAAUGACCUGAUCCGAGUUGACCGGUUCCCCUGUCUAAUAACAAUGGCAACAAUAGCCUGGUACCAAGAAAAGAUCGGGGCAUAUGAUCAACAAGUCUGGGAGAAAUCUCUUGAGAAAGCUGAUCUAAAUGGUUUGGACAGCAAACCAAAGAAGACGGGUCACAUCAAGCCAGACCUUAUUGAUGUUGAUUUAGUAAGAGGAUCUACAUUUAGCAAAGCCAAACCAGAGAGUCCAUGGACAGCUCUGACUCGAAAGGGUCUGGUCAGAGUGCUGCUGUUCCCAUUCUUCUUCCAGUGGUGGAUCCAGGUGACCUCCAAGUCCAUCUCCUCAUGUAUCCUCAUGCUCUACAUUAUGCAAGUGGCAGCGGUGCUGCUGUACUUCGAGGUCCCUAGGGCGACUGCCAGCGAGGUGUUUGGACCCAUGUGUCUGAUGCUGCUGCUGGGUACCGUGCACUGCCAGAUUGUGUCGACUGAGUCCAGCCGGUGGCCCUCAGGCAGUCCAGCUGCCAGCAACACCACCAGCCCCACACGCAGAAGGAGGCCAAGAAAGAACAGAGGGUUGAAGAAAUCCGAAGAAAAGAACAACAGUGGGGAGGCGGAGCUGCUGGGCUGCUGGCAGUUUGAAGAAAACCAGCAUUUAUACAGAAAAGAGGAGAGAAUGAACAAAGGAAAGUCAGGAUUUGGGGAUUCUGAUGAGCUCUCCAGUGAGGAAGAGGAAGGAAUACAACCGCUGGAAGUAACGCGAACACCAUUUCACAAUGAAAGAAACCCCACUACAGCUCCUGCAUCAAUAUCUUCUAUUCGGAAAAGAAACCAAAAGUCUAACCCCAUAAUUACACAGAGGCCUCAGGACGAGAGUGAAGCCUUCAUCGAGAGUGAAGCCUUCAUCAAGGUGAAGCCCCGUGAGGUGGAGCGUCUCAGGCCGAGCGUGGGCUCUCGUCCUGCCUCCGACACCGAUGACACUAUGUGGGAGGAGCUUCUCCAAGGCCCUCCCUCCACAGGGAGCAGUGACAGUGACGAUAGUGGGAGGUGCAACGCCAGCAUGAGCCUCCCACAAAACGACACUCUGACCAGCGAUGACGAGGAUGAAAGCCUACAACAAGCAAUCACUGGAAGCCAGCUGUCUUGGCUGCAGGCGUGUCACCCAUCCAAGGAUCGUGUCAGUGCCAUCAUUUGGGAGCAGGGCGAGUGUAAGAAAGCAGAAAUGUCAGUAUUGGAGAUCAGUGGGAUCAUCCUCACACGGGUGAAGUUAGUGGAGCAGGGAAUGGGCUAUCUCGUGCUUGGCGGGCUCAUCACUACCACUCUGGCACUGCUGCCCUUUGCCUUCCGCUUGGCUCAGUGUCUGGACAUGUCAGGCAUCAGCUCCCUGCCUCCGUCAGAGCUGAUAGAAAUAGCAAUGGGGCCGUUAAAUACACAAGCUUAUGCUUUUUUCUUCAUCACGACAGUGCAAAGAAUCUGCCUCACAGGGCUGUUCUUCUUCAUGAUGUGCGUGGCUGAGAGAACAUACAAACAGAGACUUUUAUUUGCCAAGUUCUUCAGCCACCUAACUUCAGCUCGCAAAGCCAAGAAAUCUGAGAUUCCCCAUUUCAGGCUGAAGAAAGUUCAGAAUAUAAAGAUGUGGUUGUCGCUUCGAUCUUUUCUCCGGAGACGAGGACCGCAGCGCUCCGUUGACGUCAUUGUCUCCACUAUUUUUCUUUUAGCACUUUCCAUUUCAUUCAUCAUUUGUGCUCAGCUUCUGCAAAGCCACAAGACAUUCCUAGAGUCUCUAAUGAACUGGGAGCUCAUGGUGUGGUGCGCCUCCCUUGUCCUCUUUCUGUUAAGGCUCGCCACGCUGGGUUCAGAGACCAACUCCAAGUAUAGUAACUCUUCUGUGCUGCUCACUGAGCAGAUCAAUUUGUAUCUCAGGAUGGAGAAAAAGCCCAAUAAGAAAGAAGAACUCAGUAUUGUGAAUAAUGUUUUGAAGCUAGCUACAAAACUAAUGAAGGAGCUCGAUACUCCGUUCAGACUGCUGGGUCUCACAGUGAACCCUCUGAUCUAUAACAUCACCAAAGUUGUCAUUCUCUCUGCUGUGUCUGCCGUAGUCAGUGACCUGCUUGGCUUCAACAUCAGACUGUGGAAAAUCAAGCCUUAAAGGUGAAAACUACAAACCACUAACAGUCAGACACUGGAGACUGCGAACAUCUUCUCAUCAACAAAAAGUGUGCAAACCUACUGACACUAAACUCUGUUAUCUGUGCCUUCCAACUGAGCUUCAUCAGUCCUUCACAAGCCUGAGAUGUUAUGAAAGUCUCUCACACGCCACAACGCUGGCUGCUCAGCUGACCUGGCAUCACAUUUUCCAUCAGCGUUGCCACAAACUCAGUGCCUCACCUCUGACUUCUGAAUGUUCUCUAAAUGGUUAAAAAUAGCAGCAAGCUGAGGUCUGAGCUCUUUCCAGGCUCCUGUGACAGAUUUACACAUGUUUCUUGUACAUAUAUGUGGGCAUGUGAAUGAUCAGAUAAUGUGUAAAGGUUGCUUAGUCUUAUUCACUGUUAUUUCUUUUAAGUAUAGCAAAGGUAAGUGUGCCAGUAAAUCAAAAUAGAUGGUCAGAUGUAUAAUUCUUUUCUUUUUUUUCAUAGGACUCUACUUUUAUUUCAACUUUUUGUAUUAUUUAAGGGAACACUGUGAUUCUGGGUUGGUUUUAUUUAUUUGGGGAUUUUACCGAUUGUUAUGUUAAACCAUUGUCUUUUGACCACUAUCUGCAUUUUAUAAUGAGGUCUGUAAUGCUGAAUAAAAUAACUAUGCAAAGAA